AUGUCUUCCGAACUAGGUGGUUCGGACGGAGGAAAAACAACUGUUGUCGAGGACAAUAAGAGCACCGAGAGUCCGAGACCUCAGGGGAUUUUAGAGGAGAUGGAGAAAAUAAAAGACGAUUUUAGAAUACGUGCGUUUAUUAUAUUUUCAAACUCAAACGGUCAGGCAAAAGAAAAAACGGUCACAUUCCCUCUUUUCUAUGGGCUUGCAUAUUAUACAUGUAUAGAAAUACAACCCAUGUCGUUUGUUGUGUUGUCUAUCGACAAAAACGCAUCUCGAUCGUCGGUCAAAAGUAAUACACCAAUGGUUAUUACUUAUUAUAUAUAG